AUGCACACUCCGUUGCUCGCUUAUCAGGCCCUGGAAACGCCGGCCCAACAUUUGGGACCCGAAAAGCCCCGGGGCCCUAUCGCCCAGUCGCACCCCGCCCAUCUCGCCUGCGCCACGGUGAACGCCGAGCAGCGUGACAAUCUGGUCAUGGCCCCCGUGGCCACGUGGUUGGACGCGUUGACGGAACGGUCCAAGCAGUUGAAGGACGGCAAGACCUUGGACUCGUACAGCUACAUGAACCCAAAAACUACCAAGGUUUCCGAGAGAACACGCAGCGAGUCGUUCUCGUACGUGGCUCUCCCGUUCAAGGACGACAAGUGGCUUUGUGACUCGUACAUCAACGCGUUUGGCCGCUUGCGCGUGGGCCAGAUGUUCCAGGACUUAGACGCGUUGGCCGGCCGCAUUGCCUACAAGCACUGUGCCCCCGCGGAACCCGUGAACGUGACCGCGUCGGUUGAUCGCAUUCUCAUGUUGCGGAAGGUGGACGAGAUCCAGAACUACAACUUCGUGUUGGCCGGUGCGGUUUCGUGGACAGGCCGCUCGUCCAUGGAGAUCACCGUCAAGGGUUACGCGUUCGAGGACCUGGUGCCUACCGAGUUCACCGAGGCAGACUUGCCCUCGGACAAGGUGUUCUUGACCGCCAACUUCACCUUCGUUGCGAGGAACCCAUUGACACACAAGUCCUUUGCCAUCAACCGCUUGCUCCCCGUCAGCGAGCAGGAGUGGAUCGACUACAGACGGGCAGAGUCCUACAACGCCAAAAAGAAGUUGGCUGCCAAGAACAGCUCCAUCAUUGAGCCCAGCGACGAAGAAACCCGCCUCGUGCACGACAUGUGGAAAGCGUCCAAGCAGCUUGGCGCGCCAAGUGAAAACCUCAAGCUCAUGAAGAACUCGAAGUUCACCUCCACGUUGUUCAUGCAGCCCCAGUACCGGAACAGGCACUCGUACAUGAUUUUUGGUGGCUACCUCUUGCGUCAGGCUUUCGAGUUGGCGUACUGCGCCGCCGCCGCGUUCACCUCCGCGGGUCCACGGUUCGUUUCCUUGGACUCCACAACAUUCAAAGCCCCUGUUCCGGUCGGCUCUGUCUUGUCCAUGGACGCCUCGGUCUCAUACACCGAGCACUUGCUGGACAGCACCAGCGCCUCCAAGCUGAAGUCGCCUUUUAACUUGCCUCCCACAAACAAGAUCUCGAAAAAUCCUGAAGCAUUCUUGCUGGAGCCAGGCACCUUGGUCCAAGUAAAGGUGGAUACUCACAUCACGAAUUUGGACUCGUCUGAGUCGAAGGAGUGUGGUUGUUUCAUCUACUCGUUCUUCGUGCCGGGAAGCUCUAGCAAACACCCUCUUGCCUCGGUGGUUCCGCAGACUUAUUCCGAGAUGAUGGACUAUGUUGAGGGUAGAAGAAGAGCACACGACACUGCCAACUACGUCGAUGCCAUUUCUAGUUAG